AUGGGCAAGAAACGAGUACUUGUAGGCUAUGGUGUUGAUGUUGAUGCCGUGGCCAACCAUAUCAACACUACGAAAGGAGGUCCACCAAAUCUUACCAAUGUAUCGCGCGGCGUCUUUGGGGCGACUCGAGGCGUAGAGCGGCUCCUGGAGCUCUAUGAGAAAUACAACAUCAAAGCGACGUGGUACACACCAGGUCACACAAUCGAAACCUUUCCGGAUGAUAUUGCAAAGAUUCGAGAUGCUGGACACGAGAUUGCGCUCCACGGUUACACGCACGAAUUUUGCUCCGACCUUACACGUGAGCAAUUGGAGGCCAUCUUCAUAAAGACCAUCAUGAUCGCAACAGAUUUUUGCGGCAAGCCGCCUCUGGGUUUCACGUCGCCUUCCUGGAAGAACCACCCUGACCAAAUUGAGCUGAUGGGCAAGCUUGGGCUCAAGUACGACCAUUCAUUCAUGCAUGAUGACUUUCAACCGUACUAUGUCAGCACCGGGAAGGAGGAAAUGGUGACUACGGAUUACUCCAAGCACCCGGAUGAGUGGAUGGUACCGAUGAAGCAUGCGGAGGAAAGCGAUAUCGUAGAGAUUCCGGCGAAUUGGACGUUGGAUGACUGGCCACCGUUUCAGUGGGAUGGUGCGAGGCCGAACGCUCACGGCUACGUUGACCCUUACUCUGUGGAGCGCACAUGGAAAGACAUGUUCACUUGGUGCUAUGAGCACUACGACACGUUCAUCUUCCCUGUUAGCAUCCAUCCGCAGGUGUCAGGUCGGCCACACAUCCUGAUGUUGCAUGAACGGUUUAUCAAGUGGGUGAACACGCAUGAAGGCGUGGAGUGGUGUACAGCAGCACAAAUGGCAGAAGAAUUCCGAUCAGGGAGGAUAAGUGGGACUGGGAAGUAG